ACCACUGCAGGCCAUUCAGAGAAAAGCAAACCAAAGAUUAAAAUUAGAAAAAGAGACAGAGCAUUGAGUGAGUCAUUGACAAAAUAGAACUCUCUCUAAAACAAACAUUAAUACAAGUAGAAAAAGAACAUGUACCAAAAAUAUUGAGAACCUCCUAAAAUAAAAGAAGAGAGGAACAUUGGCUUUGUUCCUCCCCUUCUCCUCCCCUCCCCACCAAACCCAACCACCAUUCAUAACACACACAGGAUUAUAUUACCCAAGUUGAAUAGGAGGAGGGGGGAGGGAUAUGGAUGGUGCAGCUAUGGUGGGGAGAUAUUGGUGCCACAGGUGCUCACAAAUGGUGUACCCUGUAAUGGAGGUGGAGAUCAAAUGCCCUCAUUGUGAUAGUGGUUUCGUCGAAGAGAUCAGCGGCAGAGGCGACGACGCAGCAGAUCUCAGCUCCGAUCGCGCCCUCUCCCUCUGGGCCCCGAUCCUCCUCGGCAUGAUGGGCAGCUCCUCCCGCCGCCGCCGACGCAGAUUUCGAAUUGCAGAAGCAGCAGCAGCAGCAGCAGCAGCAGAAGAAGACGAUUACGAUGACGACCGCGAACGCGACCGCCAAUUGGAAGCUGUCGUGCGGCGGUGGCGGCGGAGCUCGGCAAUCCUGCAGUUGCUCCAUUCCCUGAGAGACAGAAACAGGUUAAUGGAUUCUGACAAUUUUGACAGAGAGAGGGAGAGGGAGAGGGAGAGGGAGGGGUUGUUCCUCAUCAAUCCUUUCAAUCAGGCCUUGAUUCUCAGCCAAAAUGAUCAGAAUCAGAAUUCAAGAAGCAACGAGAGCGCAACCAUUUCGCUGGGGGACUACUUCCUCGGCCCGGGACUGGAUCUCCUGCUGCAGCAUUUGGCCGAUAAUGAUCCGAACCGACACGGGACGCCGCCUGCAAAGAAGGAGGCCGUCGAUUCGAUGCCCGUGGUGAAGAUCGGCGAGGCCGCCAGCUGCUCGGUUUGCCUGGAAGAGUUUGUUUUCGGUGAGGAGGCGCGGGAGAUGCCCUGCAGCCAUAAGUUCCACGGCAAAUGCAUACUGCCUUGGCUGGAGCUGCACAGCUCGUGCCCGGUCUGUCGGUUUCAGAUGCCGGUGGACGAAUCCAAGGAGCCGAAUGCAGGCGAGGGGAGUGAGAGUAGUCAUAGUUCGGGAGGUCGAAAUGGCGGCAACAAUGAAGAUGGUGGAGGAAACAGAAGGCGAUUCUGGAUGCCGGUGCCGUGGCCUUUCAGUGGACUGUUCUCGCUGUCGGGGUCGGACGGCAACGCAAACUCUUCCCCGACACAGCCGUCGUCGUCUUCUCGGGGAGGAGGCGACGAUUCUUGGCGCGACGAGCACUGAAAAUGCGGCGUGUUCGAUUUUCGUAAAUGGCGGGCUAACGAGGACAAAGUGCUUGUUUCACACUCUUUCUGUGGCUUAUAACUAUGUUGUGUACAUAUUGUUUCAAUUCACGUAAUAUGAUGCAUCAUAGAAAGUAUUUUUAAGUUCU